CGCAUUGUCUCAUGGGAUGGAAGGCGAGAUUUUCAGUUGAGAAUUCAUAAAUCAACCGUUCAGUGGAUUUUUUCUCUACUGUUUUGCGCAGAAAAACCUUUAAUCAGUACAUUGACAGUCCGUACGAACAUACGAAAGACUUCGUGUGGCUGCUAUGAGUAGCAACACAAUAAAAUGGUUCAAUCCAGCCGAAGUUUAUGCACAAUUUACAACAGGCGAAGAGCCUGAAAAGAGAGAGAAAGCUACUACAAACGAUAAACAAGACCGCAAAGAUAUUCAGAUCACUGAGUCAGCGGAGUUAUCGCUUGCUCCAGAUAAAGCCAGAGUGCUUAUUCUAUGUUCCAGUUGUAAGGAAUCAGUGGAAGAGGUGAAGACAAGCGUCAACAGGCGUGUAGAAUACAUUCUACAGACACUAAAAUCAUACCGCAUCAAAGACACAUGCUAUAAAAUCAACAGAAUCCUUACGCGUCAGGAAAAGACUUAUUUUUAUGAGACUGAGAUAAUCGUUGAGUUUUCAGACUUUCUCAAGUGUGAAGAAGUUAGUAACCUUCUUGUAGAGAAACUGGAUGAGACAGUAACUGUGUCGCCUCCAGUGUUUUAUCACUCAACGGAAAGACUAGCAAAUCUAAGGUGCCAAGCCUGUGUCUCAGCUGUUAAGAAUGCUAAAAACAAAGCCCUCCAAGUUGUUCAGAUGUUUAAUCAAAUUCUUGGACCUCCUAUAACAAUCCGUGAAGAAAGCUAUGAGGAAAUAAUGGGAACUCCAAAUGAACAUCCUGAAACCAGUGAAAGUCAAAAAAAGCAUGCACAUUCCUUCCAUGACAAAAUCAUGCAAGCUACAGUGACAGUAAACAUGAAGGUUUUCGUGUCAUUUGAGAUUAGAGAAAAAGCAAUAGUUCACAAAAGAAAAAAGUAGUUUCAUUAAUACCAUUUCCACUGAAGUGUAACCUGUAAAUGCUAAAGAAAACUUGUUAUAUUCAAAUUAGAUUGAAAGCAAGACAAAGGUACCGUAGCUUAAAAUGUCUGCAUACCAACUACUGUUAGCUACAGUUUACCAAAUUUAUAGCGGAUCAUAUGACUUUUCUAAGAUUCAGUUACACAUGUAAGCAGCAUGAAGAUUGGUCUUCAGAUGUUUCCUGUGCAAAAUGUUUUUUUUUCUUUCAUCCCCUUCUAUCAUCAAAAAUCUAAUGAUUAUAAAGAUCAACAAACAUCUGUAGAACACAUAACCUACUUCGCCACAGCAUUAUAAAUUUUAUCAUUGAAAAAGACAUUUUAUUUUAUGAAAGAUGUAAACCCUUCAGUGAAACCCUGAUUGUCUGUGGAGCAUUUGAUGUGUCGAAUAAAAUACCAUACUUA